AUGUUCUAGGAAUUGAAUUUAUCUGACUCUGAUUCGUUUCGUCAAAGAAAAAGAGGAAGAAGCUUGAAUGAACGAUAAGGUAAGAUUUUUUAGUAAUCAUAGUAUCAAGUUAAGAGAAGUUUGAGUUUUAAUAAUAAUAUUAGUUGUUUUAACAUUUUUAUGAAAGUUGCCAGAACAUUCCAAUAGACUUUUUGUAUCUAAAAGAAUAUUUUAAUGUUGGUUUAAAUGAUUGUCCAAACGAUGUAGAGGUUUUAAAAAUUCAAAAGAAAUUACACAAUCGACGUUUCUCUUAGAAUCAAAAAAAAAGUUGGACAUUUGAUGAAAAAAAAGUUUUAGUUUGGGUUAUUGGUAAGUAUUGUUCAUUGAAAUAAAAAAAUUGUAGAUUUUUGAAUAGUGAUGAUUUUAACGAGAUUGCUUAAUAUUUAUUUAGGAGAAAUGUUGAAAAUAUCAAGUAAAAAUGGACAUCCAUGCACAAAACAUCUUUAAUUACAUAACCAUUUACAUAGGAAGAAGAUCAGUAUUUAUAAAUGUUAUAUGAAAAAUACAAAAAUGAUGAAAAUAGAUGGAAACAUAUUGCAUAAGAAAUGAAUAAAAUAAAUUAAAUAUAUAGAACAAGUAAGUAACUAAGGGAAAGAUGGAUAAACUACUUAGAUCCAUCAUUGGUUAAAAUUAAAGAUCCUUGGACAGAUAGAGAAGAUUUAGAGUUAGUAUAUUAAAUUUAGUAAAAAGGUAAAAAGUGGACAGAAAUAGCAAAGCAAUUAAAACGAAAUGAAAACUAAGUGAAAAAUAGGUUUAAUGGUUUAUUAAAAAGGGAUGAAGUAGAUGAUGAUUUAAAUAAAUUAAUUGAUAAAAUAUUAUGGAGAAUAAGUAAAUAACCAAUAGAUGAAUAUUAAAAUCACAAUGAAAAAUAGCCUGUUCAUCAUAAUAAUCAUAAUUAAAGUUUGUUAUUUGCUAUAGGAAAUAUUGAAUUAAUAACAAGAGAAGAGACUUAUGAAUUAACACCUUGUAUGGUUAAUCUUAAGACCAAUUAAAUAUAUUUUACACCUAAUUAUUUAUUAUAGGAAAUCUUAUAAUAUUAGUAAUUAGAUGUAAGAGAUGAUUUUGAUAAAAUAAAAAGAGAAAUGGAGAAAUUUGAACCAACUUAAUUUAGAGUAGCCUCUCUAUCUAUUAUUAGCGAAGAGUAUCAAUAACCAAUAAUAUAAAAUAAUCAUCAACAUUUCAUACACUCAUUUUCUGAUAUGCCUAAUUUUGAAUCAUCAAAUUAACCUGCAUCUAUAGAGAUUAAAACAUAUAUUAAUCCAUUUUAUUCUUUAAAGAAUUUGUAAUCUAAAUAUUUUAGGCAUCGGACUGAUUUGACUUUGCCUAAGGCUAUGCAUUCUAUUCCUUGGAAAUCUUUACCUUAAUUAUUAAUUUGUUGA